ACACCAUCUGAUGGGAUUAGCCGCCUGGAGGACUUUAAAAAGGGACAGUCGGACAGAGAGAGAAAAGCACAAGUGAGAACCAAGCCAAGAUCAUCAGACAGCAUCAGAAAAACACUUUGGGACUCCAACAGAAGUAAACAAUCAAAAUGGCAGACGUUGCAGUUCCCGCCGACAGGAAGGCUCCUCCCAAGUUCAAGCAGAGGACCGCUCGUACUUUCAAGAGCAAGGCGCCCAAACCCGGCCAGAAGGGGUUCGGAGACGACAUCCCCGGCAUGGAGGGCCUGGGCACGGACAUCACCGUGGUCUGUCCCUGGGAGGCCUUCGGGGACAUGGAGCUCAGCGACCUGGCCAAAUACGGAAUUGUUUAGCGCUCCGCCUUUGCUCGUAUCGCCCCUCACGUAUUCCAACUUGUGACUGUGCAGCUAAAUCUCUUGUACUAGUUCCCGAGAGAGGAGGCAGAUAGUGAUUAAUAAAAGGUUUGACCCGUAGUCCCCUUUGUCUCACGCACUUUAUCGUCCCCUGCCUUUCCACCGAUUCCACAGCGUCCCUCCAACGAGUCAGCAGCUCCGGCCCUAAACUUCUACUUUCCACAGCGGUAAAAAAAUAAAUGACAGUCUAUACUUGUAAUAUGAAAGAGGGAUUUCUGUUAUUGUGAUAUCACAGUAAUGUUUUGCUCUCCAUGUUUCCUAAAAGCUGCUGAUUCCAUUAUUUGUUUUGGCAAAUCGUAUUUUCACGCUAAGUCUAUAAUUCACUUCGAUCUUCAGUGGAUAAUUGAUGUAUUUUGUCGGUAACAAUCCCAUAAAAUGACACAAUAAAUGGUAAUAUUUUUCGUAGAA